ACAUCGAGAUUUACUUAAAAAGUGCCAUUGAAGCGAUGGUUAGUGUGUGACCGGCAAGAGGACGCAUCAACUGGCAUUAUGAAGCUUGCGUUAUUUUAUUUGUUAUCAGUGACGGCUGUCACGAUGGCCAACGUACUAUCCCGAGGCCUCAAAAAUGGAAAUGACAUCUUUACAUACAGCAUGUUUUCUGAAAUAGCAAGAGAGAAGCCCCAACAGAGCUUUGUGAUAUCACCAUUCUCCGUCCUGACUCCAUUAGCCCAGCUCGCCAUUGCCUCUGAGGGGGAAUCACACGAUGAGCUUUUGAAGGCAAUUGGGAUGCCCAAUGAUCAUAUAACAAAAGCGGCAUUUUAUCAGAAUGAACAGAUAUUGAAAUCAGUGAGAGGUGUGGAUUUUAAAACAGCAAGUAAAGUAUACAUCGGCAACAACUUUCAACUAAAUGAAGAGUUUGCAAGAUCCACCCGCGAUGUAUUUAAUUCAGAAAUUAGAAAUAUCGACUUUUCACAAGCACAAAGAGCCGCAAACGAAAUCAACUCAUGGGUUGAAGACCAUACUAAUAAAAAAAUUAAAGAUCUCGUUGACCCAAAUUCAUUGGACGCCGCUACUCGAGCUGUUCUGGUGAAUGCUAUAUACUUCAAGGGUCACUGGAACGUUCCCUUUAGCCCUUCCGCCACAUAUGACAGACCGUUUUAUGUCACAAAAGAUUCGACAGUUACAAUUCCAAUGAUGUCCCAAGAAUCAGACUUCAAAUAUGCUGAGGUGCCGGAACUAAAUGUCACGAUUCUUCAAAUGUUCUAUGAAGGAAAUGAUGCUUCGAUGAUACUGGUACUCCCGAAUGAUGUCGACGGAAUCACACGGUUAGAGGAAAAGUUGAGAAACCCAUCAGCACUGAACGACGCUUUAUAUAAGAUGUACUCCACUAAAGUGGAAGUCACAAUUCCUAAGUUCAAAAUCGAGACUACAACAGACCUGAAAGAUGUUUUAUCAAAGAUGGGCGUUAAAAAAUUGUUUACACCCGGCCAAGCUCAUCUAAGUAAACUGAUAAUUGGAGAAGAUGACUUAGCAAUAAGUGGUGCUGUUCAAAAGGCUUUCAUUGAAGUCAAUGAGGAAGGGGCUGAAGCUGCAGCAGCCAACGUAUUUGCUGUUGGCUUCAGCGCUGGAUUUAUUUCGGAACAGCCUAAGAAGUUCCUGGCUGAUAGACCAUUCUACUUCGAAAUAAGACUCAACGAUUUAAUCAUUUUCAACGGUGUUAAAUCUAAUUAAAAUUACUUUCUUAAGAGAACCAGGAUGCUGACAUAUUUAAUAAAGUUUUUAUAUUAUUUGUUUUUUUUUUAACCAAGCAUAAGUUUAUUAUAAUUAAAGAAUAUUUUUUUUAAAUUGUACUUAAUGUCGGCAUCACAGAUUUGGGUCUAAUAUGUGGGGUGUUUUUGUUGGUUUUAUUUGUGGGGUUAAGUGCUGCCUGUUUUAUAACGGUUUGAUUUUACUUAGCUUCAUUUGGUCUGGAAGGACUUCACAAUCAUUAAAUAUUAUAGCGUAAACUAGCGCAUUGAUUACUGAUUGUACAAUGAAACAUAUACUCCCCAAAGAGCUUUCGUUUUUGAUUUUAAUUGUUUAAAUGUUUUUAUAAUAUCAUUGCAGCUAAUACGGCUAAAUAUAAGCUCAUGAGUGCAUACAGGAACUUUUUUUGCAAUAAUAAAAGGGCGGCGUGAAGAAUUUA